AUGCUUCGCUCAGUGUGCUUGGGCAUCGCAAUGCCAAUAGCCGGCAUGCACCUCUACUCCAAAUUCACACAACCCCUCUUCAUUCAAGCUCUCAUGGGCAUCAAGAGUCUAUACGACACGAAACCCGUCUCCAUCCACUUACUCGGGAACCCAGCCAUGGGUGAGCUCAUACCUUUCCCACCAGAUCCGCUUUCACUUCGCUGCCUGGCAACUCCCCUUCCUUCCAAUCGAGGUGACGCGUUGAGAACAGUCGGGCGGGUAGCAGCCUGUAAGGCAGACGCUAGGGCGGCAUGGACUCGGACAGAACGUAGGCUGGCAAGAAGAUUGCACCCAACGGACGGAGCUGAAGAUUAUCCUUGUCAACGGCUACCGAUCUCAUCAACAACUUUGCUCGUACAGUCUCCGUUUCGCGUUAACGGGGACGAUCUUCAAGCGAUAGCCCAAUAAAUGGGCGGCCGUAGACCCCUCGUUUGGAUGCAGGAUUGUGGCGAGGAGGGUUCAGGCGCACGCUGCAGAGAAAAGUUCGUUGAUUUCUCACAAGUCCAGGCCGUCACUAUGUCUUGACAGUGCCCGAGUCCUCAGACAACAGGUCAGGUCUGUUCGGAUUCUACGAGAGCUGGCAGUGAGGCAACACCAGUCUAGUAUCUGCCAUUAUGUAGUGCACACCCAGCUCGAAUGCAUUGAUUUAAUGUUC